UUUGCGCACGUCAGUUGGUCGGCGCUCGGCGCGACGUGAGUUUCAAUAAUAAAAUAUUAAAAAGCACAAAUAAUAUUCAUGUUAAACACUUAAUAAAAAGGAGUAAAAGUAGAGCGGCAAAAUUUCUGUGAAUAAAAUACAAUAAUAAUCGUGAUAAGCAAAUGAGAAAUGUUGAUAAUAAUACAACAACAUAUUUAAAAGCGAAAAAUUGUGGCUUUUUUUAAUAAAGUUUUGUGUGGUGGUUUUUGCAGAAAAUAAUUACAUAUAUACUACAGCUAACUAGAAGUGGGAGAGCGAGCACGCCAGGCAUUGCAAUCCAAACCCAAUUCGAACCAGCCAAAUCCAAUCCAACUAGAAUUGUGAAACUAGAAAAGCGCUAAGCGGGCAAAAAUUCCAGUACCAAGUGGAAGUGCGGAGUUUAAAGCCGAAUUUUUGUCUAGCUUUGCCAAUUUUCAAAGAGAUACAUACAUAGUGGUUGAUACAAAUGUACACGUAUGCAAGUCAAUAGCACUGUUCUAAACAUAUAUAAAUAUAUAUGUAUACAUACACAUGUAUGCAGAUAGUGUAAGUGAAAAUAGUUUGUGUUGUAUGUGUGUGUGCGUAUUUCGCUGUUGUAAAGAGUAAUAGUGGUAACAGUGCACUAUUAUUUUUUUGUUGCUAUUAUUUUAUUUUUUUAAAUACAUAACUUGAACCAGGAGCAAUAAUCUACGUACAUACAUACACACUUACAUGGGAAAAAGUAAAUAUUGAACAAUUCUUCGUGGUAUUGUGGCAAUAAACUCAACAGCGGUGCAUACACAAACAAAUAAAAAUUAAAAACGAAAAUUUCGACAAUGGAGUUAAGCAAUUUCAAUGCAUCGAAAAAGGUAUCACGCGAAGAGCGCCGAUAUUCAGUACCUCACGGUCCUAAUACACCACAGCCGCCGGCGGCCUCAGAGGACUUACACGCGUGGUCAAUAUAUAGGCAAAAUCUCAACUCCGACUUCACUGACUCCGCUUUGGGCUCAUCAGACAAAUCACCGCUGCCAUAUGGAAAUUUCCAACUACGCGACACCACAGUGCAAUCAAUUCUCAAUCAUCCGCGCUACGGACCGAAAUCACCCUUGGGCUCGAAUAUGUAUACAUAUUUGAAAUUCGGUCUGCCGCGUGUAUUCCCACCGAAUGCCGGCUCGCAGCGUUCACAUCGACCGCCCGGACCCGGGCCCGGAGCCGGAGCCGGAGCGGGUGGUGUACGUGGUCGAGUAAAUCGUGGCUUUCGCGAUAGUUCAGGUGUGCCGCCAGCUGGCUCAUCGGGCUAUGAUAGCAGUGACAACGAAACAACGCGCAGUCGUGUGCCGCCCAACUUGAGAAAAUACCGCAGCGAGUCGGAUUUCCGUGCCAUUGGCGGCAUACCCAGCUCACGUCCCGAGUCGCGCGCACAAGGUGUACCCAUGACAGCGCUGCGACAAGCGAACAGUCGCGCCAGCAUUGCUGUUGGCACGCACAUCAAUACUCAUCACUAUAUACCGAAUGGCAAACACUACGGCCAUCGCUCGCACAGUGAAGCGGAUUUGCUGGCCGGUGGUGGCGCUGACGUCAUCGGUUAUGAUUAUGGCGAAUCGCGCAUUUACGGUACAUCACGCAAUCGCGGCUCAGAUCAUCCAAACGGCGGACACGCAGCUUACAUGAUGUCCAGUCGGAAGCAUUCCAGCAUAGGGCUGGUCUAUCCCAAUAUACAGGUGCAUUGUCUAGAUGUGAAUCCGUGUCUCCGCGGUGUUUCUUUGCAAGCGAAAGCUGGCGAUUUAUUCGCCAUAAUGGCCACGUCACAACGUGAAGGUACAGCGUUGACGGAGUGUUUGGCAGGCUUGCACGAGCGCAUGGGCGGUGAAAUUCUCAUCAAUGGCCAACAGAUUAAUAGACGCGGCUUACGUGAGUUGUGUAGUUAUGUGCCAGCGUUAAAGGUGUCCUCGUUGGAUCCGCGUAUGAGUGUGCAGUGUACUUUGAACUUCCAUGCUGCGUUGAGAGGACCAUUAGAUCGCACGGACUUGAAGGAGCGGAUGGAUGUGCUAAUUGAGGAUCUAGGCUUAACUACGGUGCGUGCUUCCAAUGUCUCUUCGCUCACACACUCAGAGAAGCAACGUCUGAGCGUGGCAUGUCAGCUGCUCGCACAAUCGUCGCUACUCAUACUCGAUCAGAUCACUAGCAACAUGGACAUUUUCGACACCUUCUUCCUUGUGGAGUAUCUGCGUCAGUGGGCGAGUGGCGGACGCAUUGUUAUAAUGACACUACAGCCACCCACUUUCGAAAUACUCUCAAUGUGUUCAAGCGUUUUGCUUCUGUCCGGUGGACGUACUGUCUUUUCCGGCAGCCGCUCUGAUUUGCCUCGACACAUGGGCGAGUUGGGUUACCCGUGUCCGCCGUUUAAAAAUCCAGCGGACUAUUACCUGGACUUGGUUACACUAGACGACUUGUCGGCCGCCGCUAUGCUAGAGUCCUCCGCACGCAUCGAAUCAUUGGCCAAUUCGUGGGAUCAAAUUAACUCAGAACCACCGUUAGCUGCACCACCAGCAUCCCUGCCAAACUUUACACGCAAAGCCGGCUUCUGGGGUCAGGUGAAAGCUUUAAUUAAACGUUUUGCGGCAUACAAACAGCCAGGCUCGCUGCUGACUUGGAUCAGUAAACUAAUAGCAGCGGCAGUGCUCUCACUCUGCAUCGGUUGCAUAUUCUGGGAUGUGCCCGCCUCAGAUCCACAACUCACGUACAACGAUCGUUUUGGUUAUCACCACUGUGUUAUGGCGGUAGCUUAUUGGCCACUGUUGCUUUUGACUAUACGCGAUGCGCAAGAGGAUCGCCGACAUGCUGAACGCGAUAUACGUUUGGGACUGUAUUCGCGCGGACUUUACAUUACAAUACAGUGUCUCUUGGGUCUCUUCCCGAGUUUAUGCAUAUGGCUUGCAUAUUUAUUGCCAGCGCACAGCAUGGCUGGACUGUACACCUAUUCGACGAGCAGUGAUGCCGGCAUCUAUCUCUAUAUGGGUUACAUGCUUCUUUAUCUCACCGUCAUACAAACGCUCGGACUCUUCUGUGCUCAUCUCAUGCCCUGCAAGGUGUCUGCCACCAUUUUCAACGCACUUAUUUCCCUAGGACUGACUGCUGUGGGUGGUUAUGCCGUGCAUCCACGCAAUCUUUCAAAAUUGUGGUCAUGGUCCCAACUUAUAUCGCCAGAGAAAUGGUUGCUGCCCGUUUUGGUGCAAGAUGAGUACAGUGCGGAGACCUUGGCCAAUUCAGCUGGGCUACAGCUUUGUCGCAAUAAGCAGGUUCAACAUCAAGAGAUCAUUGUGCAGCAACCAUGCCCACCACCGAACGGUACGCAGGUGCUAGUCGAUUUCCAACUGCUGCAACGCAAUCACAUACUCGAUCCGACCGAUACGUACGAGCAAACCACAACCGUCGCCUUGGUGCUGGCCUCGGUCAUAAUAUUUGUAGUGACUUUUUUCAUAUUUGUGUGCAAUUGUCGUAAUACGUUCCGCAAGAAGCAAAAACGAAUUUAAAUUUAAUUUAAAAUAAAAAUAUUAAUUUAUAAAUUUAUAGCGUUCAUUAAACGCUGAAGAUUAAAAGCAAAAAUGUUGAAAAGAAAUUUAUUUACGUUGACUUCCAUAGUUUGUAGCAGAGACACGCACAAUUUAACAAUGCAUUUACCAACGUAUUUAUUCUACAUAAUUGUAUGUAUGUAUGCUAUUUGAAAUGACAUAUUAACUUUUAUGAAAAAAUAUGUAGUUAAAAUAAUAAAUAAAAUUAUUUAAUAAACAUACGUCAAGAGCAAAAUUCGAAAGUACGAUUGCUUUUUAUGUAUGUACGACUAAUACAUAUAUGUUUUCACACUAAUUUACAUACAUACAUAUAUAUAAAUG